GUAAAUAUAUUAUAUUAGUUACUUAAAAUUUAAAUAUGCGACAUCGUCUAAUAGAGAACCUAAACCCAGAACACGAAAUCUUAAUCCGCAUCUGUAACCUUAUAAUUUCGAAAAUUACUUCCGCUAUUAACACAGCAUUAUUUAAUUGAAUGUAGGAGUGAGACCAAGUAACCGAAUCGUUAUUAGUAUGGACAAUUCUGGAAAUUUUGGCAAAUUGCUAUUUUUUAACUGCAUAAUGUGACAGUAAUUGGUGAUGGUGAAGUCUUAGGAUGAUUAGUUGGCAUAAUGGUGGGAUUGUUGGAACUAUACUAAGUCAAAAGAAUUUUCGACUAAUCUUCAACAAUUUAUUUUUUAUUAUUCAAUAAAAAUUAGAAAUUAUGGAUUCCUCAAAAAUUAAGAAAAGAAGAUUAAAUCCUAGAGAUUCGGCCAAUAUUUGGUCCUUGGUUACAUUUAGCUACAUAACAGAUCUCUUAAAACGAGGCGUGCAGAAAGAUUUAAAAGAAGAGGACCUCUAUGAAGUUUCAAAAAAUUGUGCAUCCAAACAUUGUGCCGAACAAAUUGAAAAGAAAUGGAAAAAGGGAAAAAAAGAUGGAAAAUAUCCUUCUCUCUUUCUAACCUUGUGUAAAGUUUUUGGAUGGAAGUAUUUUCUUUGGGGAAUAACUCAAUUGUUUUGUGAAUUAUUCAGAAGCAUUUUUGAACCCAACGCCAUCACAAACUUGGUUUCCUACUUUCAACCAGGACAAACAAAACUAUCCAAAUCCGACGCUUAUUUCAACGCUGCCAUCUUACUAUUCUCCAACUUUUUGCAGAAAAUAUACUUCUUCAACUACGAUCUCUUCCUGUUUAUAAUGGGUAUACAAGUCAGAACAGCUUUGUGUUCGCUUUUGUUCAGAAAAGUCCUCAAGCUCAGCCCUGCGGCCAUGACCAAAGCAAGUUUGGGAAAUAUUGUGACGUUGAUAACCAAAGAUGUCCAGCAAAUCAGAAGAUCUAUGUUUGCUUUUAAUGAUAUCUGGGUAUUUACUGUAGUUAUUAGUGUCACAUGUUAUUUACUAUAUGCUCGGCUUGGUGUACUCACGUUUUUUGCAGUGGGUAUGCACUUUUGCAUUAUUCCCAUAGAAUUUUUUCUUGGUAAAAUGGUGACUAAAAUGCGCAACGAAACAAGUGAGAUGACCGACGAAAGAAUACAAGUUAGUCAGGAAGUACUAUCUGCAACAAAAAUCAUUAAAAUGUAUACUUGGGAAGAUUACUUUUACCAAAAAAUUAACUUGGCUAGAACGAGAGAAGUAGCAAAAAUGGUUAUAGUUUUCUAUCUGCGUAUGAUACUAAUGCUAUUGGGUGCUAUCUCAACCAAAAUCGGCUUCUACUUAAUGAUUAUGGGUUAUAUUUGGAUGGAACAACCGCCAGAUGCCUCUAUAAUCUUCUUCAUAACUGCCCAUUAUGACAACAUCGUAAUAUUUUUUGGAUAUCUUCUUCCAGAAGCUGUAGGAAGAUUUGCAGAAUUGUCUGUCACAAUUAAAAGAGUCAAUAGAGUACUGAUAGCCGAAGAACUAGAUCAAGACCAUCAAAGUAAACAAAACAAUGUUAAGCCAUAUGUAGAGUUAAAAAACAUUACAGUUUGUGUAGGAAAAGAAGAAGUAUUGUCAAAAAUCAGUUUUAAGGUUGAUUCUGGACUAACGUUGGUUACCGGUAAAGUAGGAUCUAGUAAAAGUACCCUACUAAAAGCAAUAUUACAAGAGUACCCUUUAAGUAGUGGUGAAGUUGUUUGUAGCGGAACUGUAUCAUAUGCCUCCCAACAUCCAUGGUGUUUUCCAAGUACUAUCAAGCAAAAUAUUUUAUUUGGUGAGAAGUACAAUGAAAAGAGGUACCAAGAAGUAUUAAAAGUUUGCGCACUAGAAUAUGACUUAAACUUAUUUGAAAAGGGAGACGAAACGAUCCUGACAGAUAAUGGCCAAAACUUAAGCAAAGGCCAACAAGCCAGAGUCAAUCUGUCUAGAGCAAUAUACAGACAAGCUGACAUUUACCUCUUGGAUGACUGUCUUUCAGCUUUAGAUGCACACGUUCAUAAGUUCAUCUUCAAAAAGUGCAUUAAAGAGUUUUUAAAGGAAAAGAUAUGCAUUUUAGUUACCCAAUCUAAAUCUACGCUAACACAAGCAGAUGCUGUUUAUGUACUGGAUAAAGGACACAUUAUAGGGAGCUAUAACCCUCAGGAAAACACUGAAAAGGAAGUAAAUAAUUUCGCAGAUACCAUAUAUAAAACGAAAGAAUUUUUAAUCAAAGAAAAUGGAUUAAUGGAGUCUAUGGAGGUUGACAGAUUUCUGGAAACCGAGCAAAGUAACUAUAAAAAUAUAUAUGAAGAAGAAAUGAAGAAAGGUGCCGUAGAUAAAUCUGUCUAUAUUAAAUAUAUAUCUUAUGGGGGAGGAGCUGCCCUGUUUACAUUUGCUUUGUUGCUAAUUGGUUCAAAGCAAGCUGCUGAAAGUUACUCCGAAAAGUUGAUAUCUGUGUGGAGCGAUGAUAAACAGAAAGUUCUUAACAUAAAAGCCAACAUAUCUAACAUUAUUGGCCAAAAUAUAACCCAACUAUCUACAAACCUAACACAAGCUGAAGUUCAAGCUGCUUCUACAUUCCAAAUGUAUACCGUGAUGGUAAUACUCUCCUUAGUUCUAGAACUACUCAAAACCUUCGCUUUUCUAGACUUUUGCAAAAGGGCAUCGAUAAAUAUACAUAAAGCGAUGAUAAAGAAUGUACUACAUUCAGUGAUGGCUUUCUUCGAUACACACUUUAUUGGUAAUAUAUUAAACAGGUUUUCCCAGGAUGUGAUUAAUGUUGAUGAGAAUUUACCCUUUCAGUUGUUAAAUUGUCUAGAGGUAGCAAUCAAUGUUGGUGCAGCUGCUACUUUACUUAUGACAGUAAAUCCAUAUUUUUUCUUUUAUAUAUCAGUAACGUUUGGAGUAAUGUUAUUAUUUUUAAAGCUAUAUCUUCCAAUAACCAGAAAUUUGCGAAGACUUGAAGCUUCAACAAGAAGUCCAAUGAUAGGUCAUUUAAAUGCUGCUCUGGAAGGUGUUACCACUGUUAGAGCCUAUAAAGCAGAAAAUAUGAUCAUCGAUGAGUACGAGAGGCAUCAAGACGUUUUCACUUCGGCCCACUACAGUCUACUGUGUUUCAAGUUCGGAAUGGGAUUCUACAUGAGCAUGUUGGCUGGUGUUAUGGUGACGCUGGUCAUUUGUAGUUUCGUUCUUUUUGAAACAGAUGCCACAGCUGGAAGCAUUGGUUUAGCCUUGACCCAAGUGAUAUAUUUAGGUGCUCUAAUACAAGGAGCAGUGAGAUGUUGGGCUGAUUUGGAAACUUUAAUGACAGCUACUGAACGAGCCCUGGAAUAUACCGGAUUAAAGUCUGAAACAACACAAGGCAGCGUACCAAAACAUUGGCCUAAAGACGGAACCAUAAGUUUCCAAAAUGUUAGUUUAUCUUAUAAUUCUACUCAAAGAAUUUUGAACAAUUUGAGUUUUCAAGUUCAGGCGAAAGAAAAAAUUGGAAUAGUAGGCCGAACAGGGGCUGGGAAGUCCUCCAUAAUAUCCACAAUAUUUAGACUCUAUGAAGUAGACGGUAAAAUAACCAUCGAUGGAGUUGAUAUAAAGCUACUACCCUUAAAACAUUUACGAAAACAUCUAGCAAUUAUCCCGCAAGAUCCUAUUCUCUUUUCUGGUACUAUUCGAUCUAAUUUAGAUCCAUUUGGUGAGUUUCAAGAAAAAGAUCUUUGGGAAGCUUUAGAAAAAGCCAAUCUAAAGACUUCUAUAACAAAUUUAGAUAUCAAAGUUAGCAGUUAUGCUUCUAAUUUCAGCCUUGGUCAAAAGCAAAUGGUUUGCUUAGCACGAGCUAUAUUAAUUAAAUCGAAGAUAGUUAUUUUAGACGAAGCUACAUCUACUAUGGAUCAUGAAACAGAAAAUCUAAUACAAGAAACUAUUAAACAUAACUUUUCUGAUAGUACUGUCCUCACAAUCGCUCAUAGAUUGCAGUCUAUAUUAGAAUGUGAUAAGGUGUUGGUACUGGAUCGAGGACAGAUAAAAGAGUUUGGUACUCCAAAGGAGUUGCUGGAAAAUAAAAUAGGACACUUUAGUAAAAUGGUAGCACAGGGUGAUAUGUCCAGUUAACGUGUAUUAAUUUAAGUAAUAUUUUACGGCUAUAGAAGGUAUUGUUAUAUUCUACCGACAACGAUAUACCAGUAUUAUCCCUCAUUUUUUUUGUCAUGGUAAACUACAACAGAAAAUUGAAAUGCUAUGGUAAAAUAAUAUUUUAGUUAGCUGUGAUAGUCAAAUGGCGCCCCACGUUGGGCGCCAUUUAAACCAAUAAAAACAAUAGAAGAAGUUAAGAAAUUAAUAAAUUAAUAAUAAUAAUGAAUAAAUUAUUUGAAAAUAACAUAAUAACAAAGAUGUGACGUUUAUAAAGUUACAAUUUGAUAAAUUUUAUUAUAGAAAUAUAAUAAUCUAAAGCCAAAGCAAAAUAACAAGGGGAACAGAUUAAAAGGUUAAAACUAAAAUAAGUUUUUGUAUACAAAUUUCAACUUUAAAGCUUUGUAUCUGAUACAUUUAAAAUUUUAAGGAUGUAUAUUAAUAAAAAAUUUAUUAAUAUCCUUUAUAAUAGGAACAAUCUGACUUCUCGUAUGGUGUAUUUCUCAUUGUGUAUUUUCGCGCAAGGUCACCCGCCAGCUAUAGCUUGUCGGAUUGUAUAUAUUUAUUAAAAUCCCUUAAAGGGUUACUUCAAAAUCGCACAACGUUUUCGGUUUGAAAAGAUCAUCUUCCGUAUAUACCUUUUAUAAAGGAUUUUAAUUUUUUUUGCAAUUAAUGCUAUACAACCAGCUACAGGAAAUUUUUUCUUGCGGAUUUGGCAUAUUAAUGUAUAUCGAAAUUAAUAAAAUAACAAUAACUAUUUAAUGUAGAGCGUGGUAGUUAAAAUAUAAGAAUACUCGUUGUUACUAGUAUCAAUAUUUUAUAUGGUAUGGUUCUUAUAUAAUUUUAUUUUUUAGUCUGUUGUUGAUGGUCUGGUAAUACGAUAAAAUGUUUUUAUAUUUAUAAAAAAAAUAAAGGUUUAUCUAAAAUAAAA